AUGGCAAAGUCAGGCCCGAAGGAGAAAGCAGGUUUGGAUGGCUUUGAUGACCUGCUGGGAAGGAUGAGGGAGGAGCGUGAGGAGCAGACAAACUCAAAGCUUAGGGGGAUCGGGGAAGUUACAUGCAUGGAUAUUGGCAACGAACACUCUCUAGUGGACCCGGAAGAUGCGACGACUAGGGACACCGACGAGGAAGAAGACGAAGACAUGGUUCAGAAUCAGCCUCCACCUCGGAGACUACGUGCUAGCUAUCGCCUGGACCACGAUCAUUUGGGUCACCUUCAAGAGAGCGAGACAUCGGCUAUGGAAUCGACAGCAGAGAAGACAAGGUUCGAAAUGGAAAUGGCCCCCCACCCGGGGACCAGCAAUAUGGAGACCGCCGACGACGACCAAGAGAGGAGCCAGGCGAUAGAGAAGAGGCGUGGAGGGCAGCAGGGAUGUGUGCUGCGCAGGUCUGGAAUUAUGGUUGUGUGGAGCCGUGCUCGGCGACCGAUUGGGAAUGGCGCGUGUUUUUCACUUUUUCCCAGACUUCGUCUCUCGUCUCUACUUUGGCUGAACUUCCAGACCGCGACUCCCGACUGGCUGCCCGCCCAUUUCACUUUCUGCCUCUUACACCGGCUACAGAAAGAUCAAACAAGACAUAGGGCGUCAUCGGACUUUUCGCGAGGUCGAGUCGCAUUAGAAAUGCUGGCUGAGGAGAGGUCUAGACAAACCGUCAAACUCAUACUGGGAAGUCGAGACUCACAGUAG